AGAAGAAGAAAAGCACGGCGAAGGACCUGGGUAUACGCGACGCGCAGGCCGUUGACUGCUGAAUAAGACUGCUGGCUUUCGAUUCAACCUUGUGAAAGACACGAGUCGGCAACACGCUGUGGUGCAAUGAACGACUCCAGCGGGAACACAACCGACGACAGCUCCUGGUACCCUCGGCGCUUCUUCCAGAGCUCCGAAGUCUACUCGUCGAGAAAGGCUGACUACGCCAUCCUCCUCGUGUUCAUAUUCACCGUCGUGCUCCUGCUGGCCACCUUCGUGCGCAGCUUUCGCGAAAAGCCCAACAACAUCACUGCGCCACAGCCGCAUGAAUUCGCUGCAAGGCCACAGCUUCCCAGCCAGCUUCUUGACACCGCUCGAGCCAGCACGAAACGAGCCGCACCGCCGCGUCGUUUUCCAAUGAUGCGCGAUGCCGGACAACCUCAAACCGCGACUCACCUAUCACAUCAUACCGAAACCGCGAUCCCUGACGACUCCGCUGCUACUACAGACUGGUUCGAGCACACGGACGCCACGUCUUCGUCUACUGCUCCCUCCAACACCGAGUCCGAACCGACAUCGGAACAGUCAACUGUGAAGGAGUCUUCCACCCGUAUCUGCCACGGCAGCGGUUGUGCGCAGCUGGUGAACGAACUGGAAGUGUUGCUUGACGACAGCGUUGAUCCUUGUAGCGAUUUCUACCAUCACGUAUGCGGCAAGUGGCUCACAAACCACACGCCGCCGCGGGGAUCCGCACUUGUAUCCCCAAGAACGCUGCGUCUGAAGACUUUUGAGCACGCCCUCCUGAACGAGAUGAAGGAUGGCACAGACGACGGCUUCCUGAAAUGGCCCCUGCAUCUGUGGCAGUCCUGUCGGCUGAAGAAGGGGGAACGUGACUCGUUUGCGAACUUCCGACGCCUUCUUCACAUCCAUGGUCUGGGCGGCUAUCCUUACAGGGACAAUCUCACGCGCGACGUGUCUGAGGCUGCGGCUAGGGUCCUGGUACAUUCGGCCGUUCCAGCUCUCGCAGACGUCGAUAUUACGAAGCACGCUCUCAGGCCAGGAGAACCCGCUCAGUGGGCCAUCAGGAUAGGUCCUCCGAAGACACUUUUCCGCGAUUUCGUCAAGAUGCGAGAAGUGAACACCGACUGGUUUCACUCCGCCGUGGAGAGGACGCAUGGCCUGCGGGACAUGACACAUCUGCUCAAGAUAGAGCAGGCGCUCGUUGACUUGUCCGGUAGCUGGAUGGCAGUGAACAACUACGUUGUGCACCCGGUGUCCGGUCUCCUAAAUACGCGCCACUGGAACUGGCUUCGCUUUCUGAGCAUAGCGUUUAAGGGAGUGAUGCGCGUCCGUAGCUCCACGUUGGUUACGGUCAAGGGCGAUCCCUUUCAGAGCGCACUGGUUGCACUGAUUGAGCGUUUCGGGUCUGGCAGUGUGCUUAACUACCUGGCAUUUAGGGUAUACGUUCGUUACUCGCCCUUUCUCAACCUCCUGGAGUUCCUUGAACUCGCUCUACUGGCCGGGGCGCGACUUCCCGGUUGGCAGGACGGCGAUCCUUUAGAAGAGGCCGCGGACCUUCGAUGUUUAAGGGUUCUGUCCAAGAGCCUGCCAGAACCAUACGCUUACCUCUUUUGGAACGCAGAGCUGCGCAACCAGCGCCGCGUCAGGGAUACCACGGACGCCCUCGCCGAAGACGUGAUAGCGGAGGUCGUGCGUCGCGUUAGGGAAGACUUGAAUCUGACGUCGCUGGUGACGAACAGGUUCCGCGACGGCAUGUUCAAGCUUAGAAGGCAGGUAUUUGUGCCGGAGUGGUUCGAAAACGGCGAUUCGAAAGCCAACUACACCCGCCGGUUUUUCGGAGAAGGUGGCGACCGCCCGUGCCUGCUGCUGAUGCACGCAGCUCUUGAAGCCUCGAUUUCUAACACCUUCCUGAGGAUGGUCAACGGCAGCUUCGAGACGUUCUGGCGCGGGCCGUCACUUCGCGACACUCCCUGGUUGGACUUUGACAACGGUUACUUAGCCGUUCCUCCGGCGGCCGUCGACAAGAAUUUUACCAAGGAUGCUUUCUUCAUUCGUCACGUUCCCACGCUCGGCAUAGAUUUGGCAAGGGAAGCGUUCUCCCGCCUCACGGACUUGGAUUCGGUCUCGAAGUUAGGUCCACCGGGUUACGUUGCGCACCUCAGGCUCGAGAUGCUGGCAAGCUGCCUGCACAAGCAGUCCUAUGGCAACCGAGGUCCCGGUGAAGUGGCUUCGCGAGAAGAUGCUCGCGACCUGCUCGCUCUGCCGGUGGCUCUAAAGGUCUUCAAACAGAACGCCGCUCACGGAAGCCACAGGCUCAAGUUGCGCGACUCUCGAGCGCGCGCCUACCGGACGGACCGACUGUUCUUCUACGAGUUCGCCCUGGAUCGCUGCGAGUCGUACGAGGACUCCUACUUCCACCAGCGCCUCCACCACGGCGUCCGGUCUCCGGCCCCGUACUUCGUCAACGGGCCCCUGCGAAACUUUGCGCCGUUCGCCGAAGCCUUUGGCUGUCCCCGGGGCUCAACGAUGGCCAUCAAGAACGCUUGCGCCUUCUGAAGCAUCGGGGAUGGCAUGGAAAGGGGCGCUUCGAACUAUGGACAGAAUUGAGAUGCGCACGUAUUGCGACGCGUUGCCCUUCGUGCUGUUGAAAUGCCUUGUGUGAAGAGUCAGUCGAAGUUUGAAAACUGAAGUUCGUGUUAUGUGGGCUUCCUCUCGCGUAGACACAGCGCGCUUUAUAUAGUAUAUUUGCAUGGUUUUUUUUUUUUUGCGCUACUCUCUUUUGCCCGUGUUUGUUUCCUGCGUGAAGUAUACUUGGUAUAACCAGGUAGGUAGACUACACGCACUUCGAUAGCGGUAUUUCAUGCUAUGCAUGUCGCCAGUGCUUAUAUGUCCUAUGGCUUCACGCUUUUCGGAACCUUGUUUCAGAUGUGCGCGCUCAGAUCUCGAAGGGCCUGGACAUGUGGAUCAACUUGACAUUGAGGUUUUCCCUCAAUUAUUAAUACGCUAAGAUGUCCUUGUUCUUGGGUGAAGAGUGGUCAAAUCGUUUGCGUUUUCCCUCCCACUCGAGAAGUGAUUGGUACGUCACUGAACUCUAAUGGUCCACUGCUUCUCCGCCCUGCGCAUGCUCAGCUCCGCUUUUUUUUCCCUCAAUGUCAAUUAGAAUACCGGAUAUUCCCGUUUGCUCUCUUGCCCGUGCCGCUAUCUUCCAGUCUCUUAAUGUUACGACUAAUAUUUUUCGUUCCAUCGCUCUUUGCGCGGUCCUCAACUUGCUCUCGAGCUUCUUUUUUUAAACCUCUUAAGUUUCUUCUCCGCAUGGUAGCACCGGUAGAAUGCAUUUCUUUUCAACGACAGUGGUAAGCUCCCAGUCAGGAUUUAGUAAAACCUGCCGUAUGCACUCCAACCCAUCUUUAUUAUUCUGUAACUUUCGUCCUCAUGAUCAAGGUCCCCUGUUAUCGCGAGUAUUUGACCUAGAUAAACAUAUACGCCUGCACAAGCCACAAAGGCUGUCUGGCGAUAAUGAAUUAUUGUUUAUAUAUAUGAUAUACAUCCGCAAGGCCUCAUUUGCUGUAGUGAAUUCAACGCCGGUAUAAGAUUAACAUCGUUAUACGGCAGUGUUUACUACAUACCACCCGAUUAAUUUGCCCAUUCUACGUAGCUGGUGCACCAUGUCAGGUAGGAUUGAACCAACCAACGUACCUAGCUUCUCUAGGUGCGGUAGUAUUGACCUGGAAUCUUUUUUUCAGGAGAUUGUAUAUCCUAUUAUUUAUUAGACAAUAAAGGCACAUUUUUGUGCCCGAUCGAACAUCGUA